AUGUGGUGUAGAUAUCCUCUCUUCCAUCGUCCCAGUUUGCUUCGAAGAUUGGAGGCGCGGGAGUACCUUACGAACCAGUCUUUCUCCGCGGUUAUCUUGGGUCUUUGUGCUCUUGCAGCGGCGAGAGCUAGGGAUGGGGCUCUCUAUUCCCAUGGCUGGAACCCGGAGUAUUUCAAAACUCCUUUGGCGGAAGUGUACUUCACUGCUGCUGACGAGGUGAUGCGCCGAGGCGUGAGCAAGAUGAUGGCACUGGGGGAAGGACUGGAUUGGAUGCGAGCUUGUGCUCUAUUGGCACUUUAUGGCAUUCAGAUUGGCGAAGAAGGUAUCGCGCAUCAGUAUCUGGGCAUGUAUCACAGCUUGGUGUCGAUAGAUGGAUUGCAAGAUGAGAAGAACUGGCCGAAGCACAUAGGAAUCGUGGAAACCGAACUUCGGCGGCGAUUGUUCUGGUCAAUGUAUUGCUUAGAAGUCUAUUGCUCGGCCGUCUGGGGAAGGAUCAACAGGUGCCGGGAAGCACAAUCUCAGGUCGCGUACGCCAGCGAAAUAGAGGACGAGGAUUUCUCGGACGCUGGAUACAACCACCCAAGUUCGCACAUGAUACCCCAACAAUCAAUCACAAAUCCCAACUCCUGGCUUCACGGAUGGAAUUUCGUCACCGAACUCUAUCGGAUCCUUGAACAUGCUAUGGAUGACUUCUAUCAACGAACUUCAAGUAGAGUCGGCCCAGUUUCUUUAGGAGACCUAUUCGGAAACGGAAUACCUCAUCAAAGCCACGCUCUCAACAGAGUAAUGUCUAUGUACUCAGACCUCCCCCCAAUGUUCAAAGAACCCCAAGAAAUCUCUCAAAACGGGAAACAACAAUCAAGCCUAGACAAGAACGUCGGCUUCCAAUCAACCAACAUAACCGCUACCCUCCAUCAUAUCCGUAUAAUCCUCACCUCUCCAGCAGAAGAAACAGUUGAUCAAAAAUAUGCAAUCGCCCGCGAUCUCCUCGACGGGUUGACCAAAACCCCAGCUUGCUACCUUCGAGCAAUGUCUUCUCCUUUGCUUCUCCAAAUUGCGGCAAUCGCUUCAAUCAUCUCCUCGCCGAUGAAACGUCCGUACUCCGAGUCCGAAGUAGAAAUAACCAACCUCGUAUCACACUUAGCAGUAGGCUUCACCGACCGCUUGAGCGCGGAAACCCGCCUCUGGAGUCAACUACAUGUGCUAGGAAACUCCUGGUACAGAGCUGCCCAACUACAAGGCGAAUCCACUCACGCUGCGGGUACACCUUCUACUCUAACAUUUGUUUCACCUCCACCUCUCCGACUUAGAAGGGUAGCUGGUCUUAAUAUUGAUCCGAGUUUACAGGGUUCUGGUGUUACUGAUGGAGGCGUAGGUGCAGCGGGAUUUGAGGCGAAUGUGUAUGAGUCUGUAUCACAAGGUAUGGGUGUUAAUGGUAUUGAGAUAGACCGAGCAGCAGCAGAGGAGAAUAACCAAUCAGGGGCUCCGCAAGAGUUGUCAGGGGGCUUCAAGUUCGACCCUUCGCAAGGAAUUGAGCAGUUUGAGGAGUGA